CCUAUAACAUCGACGCUCUAUCCCUGCCUAAGACGCCGACCACGCUGAUCAGGUCCCGUACACCGUCUCACAGCCUGCAGUCCCCGAGAGCCCGCAGUAACAGCUGGCGCAGUAUGAGGUCUAACUGGAGCGAGCUGAUCCGCCUGGCCAAGGAGGGCUCUGACUCUGAGGACAGCGUAUUUGAGGCUGGUGAAGAACAGAGAGCGUCAGUGUCUGGGUUGAGUGAGGCACUCAGUGAGCGUCUGCACGAGCUGGUGGUGGCCUUCCAGUCCAGAACAGAGCGCACCAAAGAGAUGCUAGCACAGCAGGCGACACCCUCCUCUAGUCCCGGUCCGUUCUCUGAGUGCUCCAAUGCCUUAGAGGACUAUCCUCCAGUGGCUCGACGUCGUCUGGACUCGUUCAUUCCUGGCUCCCGACUGAGUGGCACCAGUCACACUGAGGACGUCCACGAGGCUCACGUGGUGUGUGGGCGGUGUCACGUGACGGUGCCCCGCUCUCUCUAUUGGCUCACCACAGGAAUCGAUCCGCAAUCAAAAAGUUACAUUAUUUGGCUGUUCCUGGUUACUCUGUGUUUCGUAUAUAACGUGUGGAGUAUUCCUCUGCGGGCUACGUUCCCAUACCAAACAGAAGAAAACCUCAGUUACUGGCUCAGCAUGGACUAUGCAUGUGAUAUCAUCUACGUCAUCGACAUCAUAUGUGUGAAAACCAGGAUCAAAUUUCUAAGAGAUGGACUUCUAGAGGUAGGUGCACGUCUCUGACUACAGGUACGGUCAAUUCUGUGUUCUAGUGUUCCU